UAUUUGUUCGAUCUUUACUUAGAUAUUCAUUCAGAUAAAAUAGAAACCUAUCUAGAUAAAAUUUGUAAUAAUUAAACGUUACUUCGAUUACGAUCAAUAUUUAUUUAUUAUUUUUCUCGAAUGUAAUAUAUUUUCUAUUUCUAUCUCGUAUAGAAACAGAUCUGACCUAGAGUAUAAACGAUUGAAUAUAGGUAAAUACAAAUGUAUGUAGAUGUAUAUAGAUGUAUAUAGAUGAUUAAUCAGAUGAGUGAUCUACUUAGGAAUGAAAUAAUUUUUCAAAUUUUGACGAAUUAUUUGAAAAAGAAAAAGAAGGAAAACACUAUUUAUAAGGAAAAUAAAAAAUAUCUGAUUUUAACACCUGAUGUCGUUUUAACUUUUCACAACAUGGCGUCCGACAGAGGGAAGUAUAGGACAAACAUCAAGAAACGAACAGUAUGCUUGUACUAUAUACAAAUAUAAAGUGUCAUACAGUGCGGCCAUGGAUGCAUGUAUUUGCGCGUGCACGAGUGAGGCUCUCUGUAUACGUCCGUCAUGAGUCAAAAUUUACGGUUCUUUCAUAUUUCGUGAUUAAUGUCUUCGUCAACAAAAAGAAUGCAAAUUUAGUCUCGGAACUACAACACCUGCUCAAUCCUAUGGACUGUUAUCCCACGAGGAUGACUCUUUCUGCCCGUUAAAUUCUAACAAUUGAAUAAAACAAAAGUUUGCAAGUAUGGAACAAAGUAGAAAUAGACCAAGUAGACCACGUCUACGUUCACAUGGUAACUCUGCACGAGUUCUUGUGUUCGAUCAAAUAGAAUCAGAUGAUACCAAUUGUAGCACAGAACAAACACGUAAUCGUCCUACAAUAUCAAAGAUAGAAAGUAAAGAAGCUCCUGUUCGACCAGUUAGUGGAGAAUUAUCAAAUUUAGUUCGUAUGCGGAAUUCAGCUAUUGGAAAAUCAGCUCCUUCUUUAUCAGUUCAUAUGCGUGAUCCAAACAUUCCUCGACGAUCUGCUAAAGCAGCACAUCGUAAAUCAUUCAUUGCAACAACAUCGCCUACUUUACCACGUUGCCAUUCACCUUUAUCUGCUUUCAUCCCAAUUGUAGGCAGUCCUCUAGAAAGUCCUAGGAUGUCAUCCAGUCCACAUUUUGCUUUUGCUCCUGUUAAAAGGAUUGGAGGUGCUACAGGGACUGGUGAUGGUAGAAGAUGGUCAGUUGCAAGUUUACCUUCUAGUGGCUAUGGGACAACACCUGGUUCAAGUAAUGUUUCGUCACAGUGUUCGAGUCAAGAACGUUUACAUCAGUUACCAAACGUUCCAACUAAAGAUGAACUACGCAUGUUAUCUUGUCACUUUUCUAAGCCUGGUACACCAUGUUCAUCACAUCCAGGUUUUCCUGGUUCCAGUAUAUCUACCAUUUCUGGUAGUCUUGAAGAAGAAGGUCGUAAAUCGCCAUUACAUCGACCGCGGUCACGAAGCUUAAGUAGUCCGAGUCGAUCUCCUGUUCUUGAUAGCGAGAUUGUCAUGAUGAAUACUUUGUACAAAGAACGAUUUCCAAAGGCUACACAACAAAUGGAAGAACGUUUAACAAAUUUUAUUAAUGAAAACAAGGAAAUCGAUGAAUAUGAAGUAGUGGCACAUAUGACUCCAGAUUCUUUACCAAUUUUACGUUUUGUUCAUCAUCAAGUAAUUGAAAUGGCAAGAGACUGUUUACAAAAGUCACAAGAAAAAUUGAUCACAACAAGAUACUUUUAUGAAAUGAGUGAAAAUUUAGAACAUUUAUUAAUGGAGACCAAGGAAAAAUCAUUAGAAGCUGCAACACGAUUGACUGGUUUAAUAAAAAAACUUUUACUAGUGAUCUCACGUCCAGCGCGAUUAUUAGAAUGUUUAGAAUUUGAUCCAGAAGAAUUUUACCAUUUACUCGAACAAGCUGAGGGUCAAGCUAAAUUUAAUGCAGGAAUAAAAACUGACAUUCCUCAGUAUAUCAUCAAUAAACUUUCUUUGAAUAGAGAUCCAAUAACUGAAUUACAGGAAGAUUUGAAUAAGCUUGAAGAUUCUGCAAGUUCUAGUGAUAGUAACAUACAAUUAACGUCGAGUCCUAACAAAGAUGAUGAUAAAUCUCAACGUGUUCCUUGUGAAAGUGAUUAUGAGGUAUUAAAACUUAUUAGCAAUGGAGCAUAUGGAGCAGUGUAUUUAGUUAAAGAAAAGACGACUAGACAGAGAUUUGCGAUGAAGAAAAUUAAUAAAAAUAAUCUAAUGCUUCGUAAUCAAGUGGAACAAGUGUUUGCUGAAAGAGAUAUAAUGAGUUUCACAGAUAAUCCUUUCGUGGUAUCAAUGUAUUGUAGUUUUGAAACGAAGAAACAUUUAUGUCUUGUAAUGGAAUAUGUUGAAGGUGGAGAUUGUGCAAAUCUUUUAAAAAAUAUUGGUCCUCUUCCAUCAGAUAUGGCAAGAUUUUAUUUUGCAGAGACUGUUUUGGCUGUAGAAUACCUGCAUAGUUAUGGUAUUGUUCAUAGGGAUUUGAAACCUGACAAUUUACUUAUUACAGCAUUAGGUCACAUUAAACUUACAGAUUUUGGUCUUAGUAAAAUGGGACUUAUGUCUCUGGCAACAAAUCUUUAUGAGGGAUAUAUAGAUAGAGAUACUCGACAAUUUUCUGAUAAACAAGUAUUUGGUACACCUGAAUAUAUCGCACCAGAAGUUAUAUUAAGACAGGGAUAUGGAAAACCUGUUGAUUGGUGGUCUAUGGGAAUUAUACUUUAUGAAUUUCUUAUUGGUUGUGUACCCUUUUUCGGCGAAACACCUGAGGAACUGUUUGCUCAUACUGUUAAUGAUGACAUAGAGUGGCCAAGUGAGGAUGAUUGGCUAGUUCAUCCUGAAGCUAAAGAUAUUAUAACUGUAUUGCUACAACAAAGUCCUAGAGAUCGAUUAGGAACUGGCGGUUCACAUGAAGUUAAAGAACAUCCUUAUUUUUAUGGCGUUAAUUGGAAUAGUCUUCUUAGACAAAAGGCUGAAUUUGUACCACAAUUAGUUGAUGAUGAGGAUACGAGUUACUUUGAUACUCGUAUGGAUAGAUAUAAUCACGAUAUAGGCGAUGAUACAGAUGACACUGAUGAUUCUCCUUUAUUUGGAUCAUUUUCUUCGUAUUCUCCACAAUCACGGAAAAUUUCUCAAAGCCGUCCACAACAAACAAACAUAGAGCCAGAAGUGGAUUCUAAGAAACAACCAUUCCAUACUGAGUUAGAAAGCACAGUUUCACAACUUUCUCUUGUAUCAAAUACAUCUAUUACUACUACUACUACUAUUACUACUACUACUACUACUACUACAUCCAAACUCUUAGAAACGAGUCAAAAUUCAGAGAAAAGUCGGUCGCUUCUUUCUAUGAAGACAACUCCAUGUGUCGAAAAUCUGAACAGGCCUACAAAGUCAAGUAUAUCAUCUGUUGGUUCUACUUCUAUUGGAAGCAGUGAAUCGCAAUUAACUGUGGUCAAAAAUAUUCAAUCAGAGAAUACUUCUAUUAAUUUGAGUACACCAGAUUCUUCACAAACAGAAUCUGAAGACAUCAGCCCACAGAUACAAAGGAAACGUCACACACAUUCUCGUGAUAAGCUGCCCAGGUUCAGUAUUCCUAUUGAUGAUGAGCACAUAUUGGAUUUAACAGCAGCAAACAAGGAGAUUCUGGAGGAUAAACAUAAUUCCAGUACUGAUUCCUUUGAAUCUUAUAACGCAGUUCCCAUUUUACCGGCAAAUAAGUCAAAGUCAAGGUCUGUUAUUAAGUCUGCAUCGACUAGUGGCUUAUCACUAGUAAUACCGACUAGUGAAUUUACUUAUGAUUCUCUGGUCAGUAAUCAAUCUAUUGAGUCACCUGGUGGAUCUUCUACAGCUUCUUCGAGAGAUACGUCCCCAUGUCGAGAAUUAAGUCCUCUUGUAACCAGUUUGAAACCUCCAAUUAUUAUAAGAAGAGGACCAUGUGGAUUUGGUUUCACAGUGCAUACCAUCAGAGUUUAUUAUGGUGACAGUGAUUUUUACACUAUGCAUCAUUUAGUGAUGGCAGUUGAUCAGUCAAGUCCUGCAUUUGAAGCUGGUUUGAGGCCAGGGGAUUUGAUAACGCAUAUAAAUGGAGAACCUGUACAAGGGUUAUAUCACACUCAAGUUCUCCAGUUAAUGCUGAGUGGCGGUGAUCACGUCACUUUACGUAGUACGCCUUUAGAAAACACCAGUAUUAAAUCUGGUGGUAGAAAAAGAGAUCUCACUCAAAGUAAAAUGGCACGCAGAACGUUUCAUAAACAAAGGAAACAAAAACGAGAGCUUUCUGACAAGAAGCGACAAAAAACGUCUCUUUUUAAGCGAAUAAGUUCGAAACGUGCUAGUGUAGAGAUGCAACAGAUGGCUGCAGGAAUUUGUUCACCCUCAAUGGUGACCCCUAGUCGAUCUUUUCAAUCCUUCACACGUUCUCAGGAUAUUACACCUUAUUAUGGUGCAUGUACAAAAUCCGUCUGUAGUCCUUCUCCACCAACAAAUCGUACUAAUUCAGAAUCCUAUCAUUCAACUGGAAAUUCAAGUCCAUGUUCAAGUCCAAACUCUUCUUCACCAGGUUCUAAUAUUUCUAUUGGAAAUUUGUCAAAUCAAUCACAUUAUCAAAGACCAAGUACUUUGCACGGUUUAAAGCAUAAAUUACAUACAGCAGCAAAGAAUAUCCAUUCUCCAAAUCGUAGGAAGUCUGUAGGGCAUAUACCUUUAUCUCCUUUAGCUAGAACUCCCAGUCCAUCACCACUCCCUGCUAGUCCAACAAGAAGUCCAAGUCCUUUAGCAUUUCCCACAGGACAUCAACCUGGUAGUUCUAAUACUACGCAAUCAUACAGUCCAGGUGUUUGUUUGUCAGCACCUAGUAGUCAGAAGAAAGGAUAUGGACGUCCAAAAUCGGCAGAACCAGGGUCACCACUUUUAAGAAGAGCUCUCAGUCCCGAUAGAUUGCAUCCUCGUUCAGCGGAAAAUAAAACAUCGAUAUCGCCAUUGGCAAAUACCGUCGUAAAAGUAACACCACGUGUGACAAUUGCUCAAACGUCUCAUGCUGAAAUUUCCGAAGAGGCUAGUGAAAUGAAUAAAGAAAGCAGUGAUAUGAAAGGAGAGAAGAAAGUGUGUACAGAACCGAAAACCGUAGUCGAUUAUCCUAAAUUAACACAUGGUAUAUCGAUUAAUAUAGCAAACGUUGGUAUAUCUAAUGCUUGUGGAAGUACACAGUUACCAAGAAUAGCUGAAGAAAAAGAUUCGCCAACUGGAACUAAGAGCGAUGAUUAUACAUCGAAAGAAGUUAUGGUGCCUGUAGAGAAAAAUGAAAAAAAUGAGAAAAAUGAUGCACGUAACGAUCGAAUAUUAUUAGAAGAUAAAAAUGUAACUUACAAUAACGAAUCCCGCAGUGUUUAUCCUAACGAAAUCAGUGUGAGUAAUCUAGAAUCACGAAAUAAUGAAGCAAUAAAGGACAUCGUCCAUCAAAACGAAUCACCGGAUACACUAUCUCAUGGUGCUGCUGGUGUGUCUCCAAUGACGUUAGAGCAAAAACAAUUGAAGCGUAAUGAAACGGAGAUCAAAUUAACUUCAUUUAAUUCGGGUGCUCUCGAACAAUCAACUUCUAGCAAGAGUAAUGUAGAUAACACUCAAGAGUGUCGGAAAAUAUUAAAGAAAUACAAAAUCGAUACUUUAGAUGACUCGAAAACUCGGGACGAUUCAAUACGUUCGUGUGAAAACAGUGAAUUCGUAAGUGAAAAAAAAAAUAUCUAAUUAUGUGUGCGCGUAACCAUUUACUUUGAAAAACUGAUUUUAGAAAUAGGUUCAGCAUAAAACUUAGUAGCAAAAAGUAUCAAUAUUUGACUAUAAUCAGUAAUGCUUGUGGAAAAAAAGAAAAAGAAAAAAAAAAAAAAAGGAAAAUCUCCAUUUCGCGUUUUUUGAUGUGAAAAUGAAGUCGCGAUGGAGAAAAAGAAAGAGAGUCAUUUAUCGUAACUGUAAAAGUAUUAUGUAUCGUGUAUAAGUCUAUACGUCGUUUGAGAUAUCAAUCUGUGUGAUAAUACUCUUAACUAUUCUCUUGCUAUAUCAUUGUUCAAGUCAAAUUUGUUAAAUUGAGCUCAUUGCUAGUUACAGUUUUAAAAAAUAUUUGUGUUGAAAGUUAUACGCUUCCAUUAAAUAAUUGUUUACAAAGGAGUAAAUUACUGAUAUUUUAGAAUAGUUUUGUCCCGCCAUACGCUUAGUAAAAGAAAUAAGAUCAAAAUAAGCAAAAAUAAAAAAAAGUACCUUAAAGAAUUCCAAGAAUUUUGAAUUUUUAUUUAAGUUAAUAAAGUUUGUUGGGUAUAUUAAAGAAAAAAAAAAAAAAAAAAAAAAAGAAAGAAAAAAAAGAAA